CCCACAGCAGUUUUUCCCAGCUGCGUUUCCCCGACCUCCAGUCCCCGCCAACCACAGCCAGUGUGCAGUCAGAAGCUCAGCAGUUGUGAUAUCGUGUACGUGUUCUCGCAGUGUUUACGUUACAGUAUUUUCUCCAAGACCGAGAUUCCGUCAGCGGGGAACUAAUCUUUCGUGGACUCCGAACCCGAGAAUCUCAGAAUUCGUGUGCGUAAGGCAAGGAAUGGAGAUCUAGAAUCCAACACAGCGACCAACAAUAGAAACAACACAAGAUGGAGGAACACAGGAGCAAUGAAACGGAAACUCAAGGGAACCCAGGACAUGGAGAAUCCAUGGAUAUGGUUCAAGACAAAGACGAAUUGCUUAGAAAAAAGGACUCCGAGAUUCACGAGCUUCAGGAGGCCAGUAUGAUUAAAGAGAUGGAAAUAAACGUUCUCAAGUCGAAACUGAAAGAGCAUGAGCAGAACACCGAUUCCCACGUCGUCAAGGACGAUUCCGAAGAAAUUCUCAUUCUGAGGACAUUGUGCAAGGACAAGGAAUUUGUGGUAGAUGCUUUAAAUAAGCAGGUGGAGUCUUUGCAAGAGGAAAUUCUCGCGUUUCAGCAGCAACAAACAGACGCCAACGUUGAUGCGGCGGAAUUUAAAGAAUUGUCGGCAGAAAACGAAGCCUUAAAAUAUGACUGCAUUUCCAAAAAUGAAAGGAUCGAUGGGUUACUCGCUCAGAUAAAACAGUUAGAAUCUGUUUCCGAAUCUUCAAAUACGAUUUCAGCAGAAAACGAAUCUCUGAAGGCAGAUAUCAAAGUAAAGAAUGAGCGACUGGAAACCCUCCAACAGCAGGUGGAGAUGCUCGAAGAAAAUUUUGCACACCAUCAGAAUGAACUCAAAGUCUUCUCUGCGAAAGGUGACGAAGACCAGGCAAUCGUUGAUCAACUUCACCAUGAUCUAGAAAACGCGAAGGGCCAGAUAAAAGAACUGGAAAUGAAACUAAAAACUGCUGAGGAAGAGAAGACCAUUUCUGCACAAGAACUGGCACACUUUCAGUCCACCUUUCCGGCAUUGGAGGAUUCCAGAAACCGUGAGGAGGCUAAGAGGAAGUUGCUAGAAAGCAACUUAGAAGUCCUGAAGGAUGAACUAGCCAAGUCAAGAGCAGCUUACAUGGAAUCCAAGCGGGAACUCGACUCCCUCAGCUCUAAAAAACAGAGCAUUCAGAAGGAUGAAUUCCUGCCUGUUGAUCAGGUUUACGCCGCUAUUGGGAUCGACGCCUCGGGAAAAAGUGAAGUUGAAGUGACCGUAGUUGGACUCGUUUCCCUCGGGAUUUCUCUCCUGCUUGCUUUAAUAUUUUCAAUAGUUUCAUGGUGAUCAUGAGCACGUAACGGUCAUCAUGGGAAAUGUCUCAGAAAACUUCAGUCACCGACUUCAUCCGACGAGAAUAACACGAUGCAAACCGUAAGUUCCAGAAUCAGCGCUUAUUAUCGAGAAGUUUCUCAUGCUGUUGCGCAAGCAGCUUUGCGGUUUCGACAACGAAUUUCCACGCGUGUAAAUUGCUGCUGAAAAUGCUUCGCUCAUUUUUCUUUUAAAUCCUGUUGGCGUAAUCCGAAAGAAAAUCGGCUGUUCGCAAAGCUCAUAAAACUUAGGAAUUCAAGCUUGAAAGUUCACACGACGGAUCCAGUCUGACCAUUAAAUAAUUAUAUAGUGACAGUCAGUGUAUGAAAGCUUUGAUUUCCGCUCGGGAAUUCGAUGAUCGUAUGCAUUUGUACAGAGGUCAAGAAUGACAGGUAUACGCGCCGAAAA